CCCAGCCACUCGAUUGUGCGUAGCCUGGGUGCGGCUUCUGACAAGUGCGCUUGCUGGCGAUUUGAGGCAUAGUGAAGGCGGCAGCUAGCUGUGUCGGCGCAAGCCUGCGCGUGUGCUGUGGCUCGUGAUGACAUCACUGUUGACGAGAUUCUGCUGUAGCCACUUCUUUGACGCGCCAUCGCGGCUGCUGCCCUGCUUUUGCGUGGCACUGACCUCGAGGGUUUCAGCGCUUUGAUGUAAUCGGAUCUACCUCCGUCUCUUACCUCACCUCUGCCCCUCCGCAUAUCAUACUAAUCUGCCCAACAGCUCAACUCCAGAGCAGGGCCUGUCUCUUUGUUCACCCGCGGAGUCCUUGAGGAAUUGCGGCAUCAUGGAACAGCAGCAGCAGCACAAGCCGGGCGGCCACUAUUCGGGUGCCAACCCAGUCCCGACUGUCAAGAAAUUCAUUGAGAAUCUCGAUAAGGACAAGGCGGAAAGGGAUCGCAAGCUGGAUGAGCAGCAAAAGGAGAGAAAGCAGAAGGCUGCGACUGGAGAGGCGACACCCCACCAAGUACACAAGGCUGGCAUCGAGGGCACACAGAAGGUGGUCACAGAUCCCACCACUGGCAGGGAAGUCACCAUUGAGGACGUCAACAAGUCUAUGAUGGACCAGGUUGAAAACCCUAUGCUAUCGGUACCUAAUGCAAAUCUACAGAAGCCUACGCCUAUAAAGACCGAUCCAAGCGAUUCGCUUGCCGACUACAAACACAACCAAGAUGUUACCGCGCCUCCCGAUCCAGUUGCCGAGGGCACAACUUCCGAUGUGCCUAUUCACGGCGAGAAAACCAAUAUCCUCUUCCACCCCACACCGUCUGUUAGUUACGAGCCAACAUUCGUCGCCCUAGAAAAACGCGCAACCGUAUUAUGCGUCGGAAUACUGGUCGCCACUGUUGUAGUCGGCAAAUUGUUUGGUGGAGCACUUCUGGGCCUUGUCCCUCUCGGCUUGUGUCUUUCAUCAGGCGUAUUUUUGUGGGUGAAAGAGGUAAUCCGCAGUGGAAGGGAGGUUGAGUGGGACAGCGAAAAGACGCGUGGGCAAAUGGCAACUGCAAAUCUGCUCCCCGAAUCUGUCGAAUGGCUGAACACCAUGCUAGGCAUAGUGUGGGGAUUGAUCAACCCGGACAUGUUUGUAGGUGUGGCUGAUAUGCUUGAGGAUGUCAUGCAAGCCUCGGUUCCUGGUAUAAUCGAAAACGUUCGAGUCGCAGAGAUCAACCAAGGAAGCAACCCACUGCGGAUUCUCAGCUUGCGGGCUCUUCCAGAUACCCACAUGUCUGAGAUGAAACAAGCCAUCCACGAAGAAAAUAAGAAGACUAAAGACCCCCAAGAAGCUGCCGCAGAUGAGGAGGGAGGUGAUUACUACAACUUGGAGGUAUCGUUCGCAUACCACGCUCAGCCGAGCGGCAAGCGAGCGUCCGACAAGGCGCGCAACAUGCACAUGCAGUUGGUAUUCUACCUUGGGAUUAAGGGUCUCUUCGGUGUUCCGCUCCCAAUUUUUGUUGAGCUGCAAGGUCUCGUUGGCACCGUGCGAUUGCGAAUGGCCAUGACCCCCGAACCUCCAUUUUUGAAGACUUUGACUUUCACGCUGAUGGGCGCUCCACAAGUUGAGGCAGGUUGUAUUCCAAUGGUCGAAAAGGGUGUCAAUAUCCUCAAUCUACCUUUGAUCAGCAACUUUGUCAACUACGCGAUCAAAGCUGCAGCGAGCAUGUACAUUGCCCCGAAGUCAAUGUCUAUUGACAUGCGCGCCAUCCUCCAGGGAGACUCUAUUCAGAAGGACAGUGAGGCUCUGGGUGUUCUAUGGAUUCGAAUUCAUCGCGCAGUUGGCCUGAGCAAGCAAGAUCGACGUGGCUCGAAGCACGGUGGAAGCGACCCUUACAUUACACUGGCCUUCAGCAAAUACGGCAAGCCGAUGUACUGCACACGCGUCAUUACCGACGAUCUCAACCCUAUCUGGGAGGAAACCACGGCACUUCUCGUUACACCUGAACUAAUCAAGGCAAACGAAUAUCUCAGCGUUGAAUUAUGGGACUCGGAUAGGCAUACCGCUGAUGAUAUUGUGGGCAAGGUCGAACUGUCGUUGCAGAAGAUGAUUCAGCACCCCGGAAAGAUGUACCCUCAGACCUCAAAGCUUGCAGGCAUGGAUGCGGAUAGCGAAAUGCCUGGCGAGCUCCACUGGGAAGUGGGUUACUUUGGCAAACCCAAGUUCCGGCCCGCUCUCAGGACUGAUGGUAAAAACCGCGGCCUUCCAGAAGAGCUCAAAAACGAAUCAUCUCUACAAGAUGAGAAGGGCGUAAUCAACAGCGAGACGGAUGAUGCAGUCAUGCACACGCCUCCGGAUCCGCUUUGGCCAAGUGGUAUCUGCAGCGUCAUCAUCCAUCAGAUCGUGAACCUCGAACUUGAUAACGUCAAGGGCACGAGUGGCUCUCGUAAGGGCCGCGAGUUUGAGCCGGCGAAGCCAUAUGGAGAAGCUACUGAGGAGACGGGAGGCGACCUGCCCACCAGCUACUGCACCAUCCUGUACAACGACGAGCUAGUUUACAAGACACGCUCGAAGGCUGUCUCCUCGCAGCCUAUCUUCAAUGCCGGUACGGAGCGAUUCAUGCGCGACUGGCGGUCCGGCAUUGUCACUGUCACCGUUCGUGAUUCGCGUAAUCGUGAACACGACCCCAUACUUGGUGUGGUUCCCUUGAAACUCUCCGACGUUCUCGAGACGUCUUCACAGGUCACGCGAUGGUACCCGCUCGAUGGAGGUAUUGGCUUCGGCCGUGUCCGCAUCUCUCUACUCUUCCGUAGCAUCGAGACCCGGCUCCCACCGACUAUGCUCGGCUGGGACGUCGGCAGCUUCGAGUUCGCGUCUGAUCGUAUCCUCGCUAUCGGCUACAGUCAAGCCGCCAAGCUAAAGUUACGAACAGGCGGAAGCACCGGUAAGAUCGGUCGAAGUGGGGCUCAGAAACUUGACGAAGGCGACGGCUACUACUGGGACCUUAAAGCGGACAAUGGUAAGAACAAUGUUCGCUUGCCGGUCAAGCACCGCUACAGGUCCCCCAUUGUCUUCGAAUUCCACAUCGCGAACAAGCGCAAGGCAGUCGCGUACGCCGUCAUCUGGCUGCAGCACUUCAUCGACAAUGAGGACGCCGACAUCAACAUCCCCAUCUGGACGACAUCCAGCCCCGCGCGCCUCACCCAGAACUACAUCACCGAGGACAACUGCAAGAACGAGCCGGGCCUUGAGGACCUCGAAGAAGUCGGCCGUCUGCAGUUCCGUGGGCGCUUCAAGGCCGGCAUGGACGAGUCACACGAGCACUUUAUUGUCGACAACCCCACGCGCGAGACGUAUGAGACGUGGGAGGCGUGUCUCACUGAGGGCGUGCGCACGCGCAAGGUCGAGAAGGAGCUUCCCGACCGCAUCCAGCAGCUGCACAACGAGUCACUCACCGAGGGCCGCGACAUCCUCAAGAAUGCGGACCCGGAAGAGAAGAAGAAGUGGCUCGCGAAGGACGGCGUCGACUGGUCCGGCGCCUUCGGUCAGGAUCCAAAAGCGUACCUCGAUACCAAGGGCAAGAAGCGGAGGGAGCCUGGUAGAGAUGAGCCGCUGCAUGACCCCUUCCAUCCGUCUGAUGACGAGGACAACGACGAUGAUGAGGGCUCGUAUUCUGAUACGUCGUCCGAUCUGGGCAUCGAGGACGCAGAGACCAAGCAGAACCAGAGCAGCAACGGCAACGAGCCGAAUGGCGGCAUCAAGCACCAGGCAACUGACUUGUCGCCCACGGCGCCGCGCAUAUCGCAGUCCACGUCGCGCACCGACACCACGGCUUCUUCAAGCUAUUCGUCGCAGUCAAGCAAAGACAUCAACAAGCAGAACAAGCGCACCGAAGAGCGCAAGCAGCGCGGCAUGAUGCAGUGGAAGCCUGCUCGCAAUGCAAAGUUUGCAAAAGACCAGGCGAAGCUGGGGGUUCAGAAACUGAAGAACAAGGUCACAGGCGACCUCAAUGGCAGACAACCGGGUGUGGAGACCGAAACCGGAACUUAGAUGGCUAAUUGGCAGAUAUCAUUUACUGGCUUGGUGGUCAGCUCGGUGCUUGAAGUUGCCAUUGACCUGGGCAUAUUCGACUUUGAUUUAUGAUUCUUGAGGGGCAUGAUUGACGAUGGCUUUUUGCAUGCACCCGAUUCAAUACGGUGAGCUUACGAAGUACAUGUUUGUAACAAUAGUUUACACGUUCAUACUUUCCAU